AUGAAUGAUGAGAAGCAACCCCUACUCAUUGGACCAAAUACACCUAUUGACAACAAUGAUGUACAAGCUGUUGAGUUGAUAAAUGAUCCAACAGUGUCUAAGGAUGAUAAAACUAAGCACGAAUAUCACCCUGCUUCUGAAAGAUGUUUGGAACAUCCAACAUCAAAUUUCGAUACCCUCAUUCAUCUUCUUAAAGGUAAUAUCGGCACUGGUAUCUUAGCCAUGCCCGACGCCUUUAAAAACGCUGGUUUGUUGUUUGGUGUAUUUGGUACAUUAUUUAUGGGUGCAAUUUGUACUCAUUGUAUGCAUAUUCUUGUUCAAUGUUCAAAUGAACUAUGUGUAAGAAAUCAAAGACCUGCUUUGGGAUUUUCUGAAGUAGUAGAAGAUGCUUUUACAUCAGGACCAGUGCCUUUGAGGCCAUUUGCCAAAAAAAUGAAGAAUAUAAUCAAUGUAUUUUUGGUAAUAACACAAUUGGGAUUUUGCUGUGUGUACUUUUUGUUUGUUGCCACUAACCUUCAAGAUGGAAUGCGUUUCUUCCACAUAAACCUCAGUGUGCAUACAUAUUUGGCAAUCUUAUUUCCAGCAAUUUUAGCAUUAUCUAUGGUGAAAAAUUUGAAAUACUUAACCCCAGUAUCUUUGGUUGCAUCUAUAAUGACCGCUUGGGGCUUAGUUGUAACAUUUUAUUAUAUAUUGCAAGAUUUGCCACAUACCAGUACAGUGAAAGCAUUUGCAAGUUGGCAUCAGUUACCUUUGUAUUUUGGUACAGCUAUUUAUGCAUUUGAAGGUAUAGGUGUGGUGCUGCCCCUAGAAAAUAAUAUGAAAACUCCAGAAGAUUUUGGCGGAUGCACUGGGGUAUUGAAUUUGGGUAUGGUUAUAGUAGCGGCAUUGUACACUGCGAUCGGCUUUUUUGGAUAUCUUAAGUACGGCGAACACGUAUUAGGCAGCAUCACAUUAAAUUUACCAAAUGAUUGGCUAGCUCAGAGUGUGCGGACGGUUAUGGCUGCAGCUAUAUUUCUAUCGUACGGCCUCCAAUUCUACGUACCGAUGAAUAUAGUAUGGCCAUUUGUGAAAUCGAAAUUGAAAUCGGAUGAGGCGCUCAAACAUGGUGAAAUCGUGACACGAGUUGUCCUUAUAUUCAUUACAUUUUCAGCGGCGGCAUUGAUUCCAAAUCUGAGCGGAAUUAUUUCGCUCGUCGGCGCAUUCAGCAGCUCAGCAUUAGCGCUCAUCUUCCCGCCUAUUAUUGAGAUUGUCACCUUCUGGCCCGAUCAUUUGGGCGCACACGGGUGGAAAUUAUGGAAGGAUGUAUUUAUAAUCGUAUUCGGCAUCACAGGAUUCGUAUUUGGAACAUACGCGAGCUUGGAAGCUAUUUUGAAACAUUCGUAA